UCUAUCGGUACUAUGACGCAAAUGUCUCCACUGUGUUGAGAUGCGUUUGAUAAGCUCUAUCUGCAGGGACCGGCGCCAAUGUCGAUGGCGAGCGCACAUCCACCAUGCUAGCAGUGCACUGUCUAUACGAAAGUCUGCCGGACAGCGUUUGCCAUUGUUGUGUAUAAGAGGCGGGGAGUCUUCCUUCUCGCCGACACCUGAAGUGUCAUCCAUCUCCACGGUCUCCACUCUUCUCUCCGCCAUUCUGAGGGGUUUCUAGAGCUUCCCCAAUUUUCAUUUACUUGGUCGUCUUUAAGACAACCCUUUCCCCCGCAGAACCCGGUGUUCUUUCCCUACGCCCUCCGCUCUCCGCCUUCACUCAGAAAACCAUAUCUUCUGAGCAUCGUACCAUUCACUCCUGUCUUAUUCGCCACCAUGUCCGCACCCUCGCUUGUCGUUCCUCCCGCAGGCAGCCGCUAUGCACGGCGCCUCUCUUCAACAGAGGCCACAAGCGAGUCAAUCCAGAUGGGCCCAACAGUUGUCGUACCCCCUAAACACCUCAUGGCGCCCUCCGACGCAGCCGAAGUCGCAACCGCCUUGGAGUCUGCGAGACAUCGCGUCGAAUCAGCCGCCAGCCCAGGGACUCCGCCCACUCCUCCCGAGACCACCGUUACCGACAAGUAUGCUUUCGCAUUCGAUAUUGACGGCGUCUUAAUCCGAGGCGGAAAGCCCAUUCCAGAGGCGGUCGAGGCUAUGAAGGUCCUCAAUGGCGAGAAUGAGUACGGGAUCAAGGUGCCGUAUAUCUUUGUUACCAACGGCGGUGGCAAGACCGAAGCCGAACGCUGCAUUCAGCUAAGCCAGCAAUUGGAAAUCGAGGUGUCCCCCGGCCAAUUCAUCUGCGGACAUACGCCAAUGAGGGAGAUGGCGGAACGCUACAACACAGUCCUGGUCGUUGGUGGCGAGGGCGAGAAGUGCCGCCACGUAGCUGAAGGCUACGGAUUCAAGGACGUUGUCACACCCGGAGACAUCAUCAAGGACAACCAAGAUACCACGCCCUUUAGGAAGUUGACCCCAGACGAGUACAAGAACUCGCGAGCAAGAAACUUCGCAGAGGUCGAAAUAGAAGCUAUCUUCGUCUUUGCCGACUCGCGUGACUGGGCCUCUGACCAGCAAAUCAUUCUAGAUCUCCUCAUGUCGAAGGGAGGAUAUCUAGGCACGAGGUCGGAGAAUUUCGAUGAGGGUCCGCCGGUCUUUUUCAGCCACAACGAUGUUGUCUGGUCCACUAGCCACGAUCUUACCCGCAUCGGCAUGGGCGCGUUGCGCGUGAGCGUGGAAGCUAUGUUCAAGGCCGUCACGGGGAAAGAUCUCAAGACUACCGCCUUCGGCAAGCCCCAGAUCGGCACCUUUGAAUUCGCUACUCGCCUUCUACAGCAGUGGAGGAAGGAUACCCACGGCAUCGAUUCUCCCCCGGACACAGUCUACUUCGUUGGUGACACUCCUGAAUCUGACAUUCGGGGCGCCAAUGAAUUCGAUAACCACACCGAUAACAGCUGGUAUUCCAUCCUCGUCCGGACUGGCGUCUUUCAAGAAGGUACCAAGCCACGCUUCCAGCCAAAGGCCACCGUCGACAACGCCCUUGACGCGGUCAGGCACGGUAUGGAGCGCGAGUACAAGAAGGCGUUGCGUGCGAGCAUGCAGGAGACGGGUGUUAUUGUGGAGGAGUAAACGCACACACUGGGCAGCACAGGAGUCGGAUUUCCUUCGGGCAUAGCA